CCAUUUAAGUGGUACUCCGAUACGAUGUUUUGGUUUUGAUGCUGUCCUGUCAAGUGUUAAGUCGUCAGUACGGCUUUGAUUGUUGACAGAUGUAGUUCUUUUGUCUGUCUCUUGUCUUUCAGUUUGUGGGUUCAUGCAUUUGAAAGGAGCCAUGGAUUACAAAGGCACGCAUCAAGUUAAUAACUCCUCUACAGACAUCUCUCAAAGUGUGGAGGAUGAUCCUCUGAUUGAGGGACCCUUGAUCUCUCAGGAUACCCUUGAUUCAGCCAUCAAGAGGGAAUUUCAAAAAUUACCCACUUCCUGGACGGCUGGAUUACUGCUAUUCUUUCAUGUGGCUUUUGUAUGUUUGUCAGUUGUGGUGUGUGUAUUGUGUGGACUAGAAGAGGGGCAUCCUGCAGAGUGUGCAACCUUGCUGCGUGGGAUGGACAGCAAGACAUUGGUGGUACUUUGUAAAGUGGCACUAUGGAUUGUCUCGUAUAUCCACCAACACUUUAUACAGUACCAUAACACUGCAGCCAGACGCAGAGGCUACCUGCACUUCUACCGACAGACACGGGGCACCGUAUCCCUGCCGCUGCUCAUGCAGUCUUUAGGAAACCUGCUCAUUCUGCUGCUACUUGCCCUCACCACUGUGCUGGAUGGAGCCCAGAAGCAGCUGUCUGUCUACCUGCUGUUGGGAGUGCUAAGUCUGGAGCUGUUGCUGUCAGUGGUCUUUCUGAUGUGUUACAUAGUGAAGGUGGUGAGAUUUAACGCGGAGAAACUCAGUCCUGACAUUAAUCAAGAGGAGCACUUCCACACCUACUUGAGCAGUGGCAGUCAUGCGCACACAGAGACGGGCUUCAGGGAUGGCUCAAGUCUUGAGGAGGUGGUGGAGAAACAGGCGGACCUGAUCGAGUACCUGAAGCAGCACAACACUCUGCUGAGCAAGAGGAUCCUGGCGCUCACUGCUCAGCAGAUCAGAGACUGACUCCAUGACCUACUGCACUGCACGGCUUUUAGCUGACCGUGGGUUUGUGUGUGUGUGUGUGUUUGUGUGUGCAGCAAGCAUAUACGUGCACGUCUGCGUAAUGUGUGUGUGAAAUCCAACUGCUUGUGUGCCUGUUGAGUAAGCGCAUUGUGUUUGUUGGGUGUGUGUGUUUGUAUUGAGAGUGAGGGAGAUAGUGAGAGGGUCCGGCCACUGUGGCCAUGGCUGACUGAUCAGAGGAGUCUUUAGUGGCAAAUGACCCCAAGUAACCUUUCCUUAACGAUACUCUCGCAUUACUAUGCCAACAGUUCCCUAACAACACAAUGGUUGGAGCCAAGAGGGAAUCAUGUUCAAUCAGCUAAAUCAUUUCUAUUACUCAUCUCUUAUCAGGGAUUGAUCUUCUGGGCAGGGUCUAAUGUUUUAAUUUUUCUAUUUUACUGAACUAUUAUUAUUUUGUUUACAUGAAAAUGAAUUAUUUUUGUCACCUCAUAUAUGUACUGCUUUGUGUGUGUGUGUGUGUGUGUGUGUGUGUGUGUGUGUGUCUGAGAGAGAGAUAGAGAGUGAGCGAGUGAGAGAGAGGUUGUCUGGAUCUGCUUUGGGUUACUGAUCUUGAUAGUUGUUUUCUUGCCAUUUCUGUCAAACUACUCAUGUCUAAGUAGAAAAGUAAAGUGUUCCAUAUUAGAUACUGUUUGAGAUGAUUUUGUAUGUCAUUGUGAGUCAAUAAACAUUUUGGGUGUCAAAUAUC